GAGAGGUACACGUGAGAGAAUAGCCGUUUCGUCCCACGCGCGACAUAUUCGCACGAUUUAUUGCCGAUGACCAUUCCGUCGUUGAUCCACACACGGAGAAAGGGGCCAGCAGGGGGGAACGCGUGCUAUCGCAAAAUCCGAAUGAAUCACGGAUGGUGUCAUCCCGAGGAAUCUUAAGCUGCGCGUCGCAGUCAAGCCCGUGCGUGCACGUCAAUUAACAUAGCGCAACGGCGCUGCGAUGCCUACUGUUAUAGCAUUAUGCAAAAGAAUACGCGCGGUCCACGCAUAUCGCGUUGCAUGCACGAAAGUGCGAAAGACCGAGUCUCGGGCCUUGAAACAGAACGCGCGAUUUCCAAUAACGUAGCCGAGACAAGGCGAACCUUGGUCCCGUUUUAAUAUUAUAAUACCGAUCCGGCAGCCGCACCGGUGCACCUUUACCAGUCGCGUUUACGUAUUAUUCUAUGACACCACCGUGCCACCAUUGAUACCAGACGUUGCUGCGAUCCUGGCUGGACCCCACUCCGAGAUAGGCCGAACGGAGGCUCCGGGUUUUACUUUCGUUUGCGCGCCGAGCAUCGCUCUCAGUUUCAGGUUUACCGCCGUGCGUUCUCGCGCGUCGCCGCACACCACGCUUGCGCGCGUGCGGCUCUUGUGAAAUCACUCUUGAGGCAGAUGAAUACUACUGUGUAGAUUAAAUACAGGACCCGAUCCUUACACCGCGGGGAUAUCGCGCGCAAUUGUCGCCGGAGAAAUGUCGACCCCGGCGAGAAGAAACACCGGCACCAGCGGCCCGCUCAUCUUCGUAUCGCGAUUCCUCGCUCUAAUGACACUCGCUGGUGCUACGACCUUGCCACCCAGGAUGCUGCUGGAUCUGGGUAAGCGCACGAAUCUUUCGAUGGAGAGGUACAGCCAGGCGGAACGGGCGAUCCUGAACUCCCGGACGCAUCUGAGCCGAGGUUCGCCGUCCUGGUUUCUCGGGGCGUCCCACGAGAUGACCGAGGGCGCGCAGAAUCUCUCGAGGAGGGCCCUGCGGAUCGAGACGAUGGCGGUGAUGCUCGUGGAGGCGCUCAACAUGUCGUCGGAACAGGCGUCCUCGGUGCUGCCGACGGUGGCCGCCGUCCUCUGUCCCGACUCGCCCAGCUUCCUGCGGCUGAUAUCCGAGUGCAAGAAGGCGGACAUCCGUUACAGGACCCACAACGGCCGCUGCAACAACCCGUUGCACCCAACGUGGGGCGCAGCGUUAGAGGCUUACGUGAGAUUCUUACCGCCGGAGUACGAGGACGGUGUCUCAUUACCACGCAUGAGGCUACCGAGCGCGAGGGAGGUCUCCAUGAAGGUACAUUCUGGCGGAUUGGACCUUAAGCAUCCGUAUCUGAUGGCGCUCACCGCGCUUUUCAGUCAGUUCCUCGCUCACGAUCUAGCACACACGCCCAGGAUGGAAUUGCCGGACGGCGCGAGGCUCAAGUGCUGCGACGUCGAUUACGAGAAUUUUCAUCCAGAGUGUUUCCCGAUCCGCGCGGAGCGACCGGUCGGAUGCAUGGAGUAUUCGAGAUCAGCACCGCAUCCAGGGAAUUCGUUACAAGGUUGCAAAUUGGGCCCACGACAGCAGAUCAAUCAAGCGACUUCGUAUCUAGAUCUGUCACCGCUUUACGGUAAUUCUGAGGAGACAGCCAAGACUUUACGAUCGGGCAAGAGCGGUCUACUAAAUACGCAGAGAAAGAACUUACCGAUGGCCUCGCCGAAAUACGAGAGCUGUAGGAGCGUGAAUAAAGCAUUCCCGUGUUUCUUCAGCGGCGAUUCCAGAGUAAACGAGAAUCCGGGCCUUACUCUGAUGCACGUGCUAUUCUUACGAGAGCACAAUCGGGUGGCUGCGGAACUGGAGCGGCUGAAUCCACACUGGAAUGACGAAAGAUUGUACCAAGAAGCGAGGAGGAUCGUCAUCGCCGAGAUGCAGCAUAUGACUUACAACGAGUUUCUGCCCGUCAUCCUAGGAGAGAGAGUCCUCGAUAAAUUUGGCUUGCGUUUAACACAGCAGGGCUACUUUCGCGGCUACGACAGUCGCGUGGAUGCGACGCUCUCGAAUUCGGCAGCAUCAGCCGGGCUCUUCUUCGUCGCCGCGCUGACCCCGAAAACCCUCGACCUGGUUGACUCGCGAUCGUCGUUAAAGUCUGGCGAAAGGUCCUUACUGUCGGCCUUCUAUGCGCCGCAGGAGCUCUACGAGGCUGGCGCGAUCGACCGGCUGAUUGUCGGAGCUACAGCGGGACAUUCUAGGAAGCCUCUACCUCCGGGCUUGAACGAAAUAUUCUUGGAACGUUACUUCCACGAUGGGAAAACCAACGACGUAGCCGUGGACUACGCCGCGCAAAUUAUACAGCAGGGAAGAGAUCAUGGCUUGCCGCCUUACGUCAGAUGGCGAAGUUUCUGUGAUCUGCCAGAUCUCACUGACUUUCAGGAUCUUAGAGGCACGGUGACCAAAGAUACUAUCGAGAAACUUCGAGCAGUCUACAAAAGCGUAGAGGACAUUGAUCUGGUAACUGGAGCACUCUCGGAAGCACCGGUACCUGACUCCAUUCUCGGACCAACGUUCCUGUGCUUGUUAGGACGAACAUUUCGGAAUAUCCGUUUAGGUGAUCGAUAUUGGUACGAAAACAAAAAUACUCCUGGCUCAUUCACGCUGAAGCAGUUGGAAGAGAUACGAAAAAGUACAAUGGCGCAAAUUUUAUGUUACAAUGGCGAUAGGCUACAAUGGAUGCAACCGAGAGCUUUUAUCCUAAAAGAUCCUUUUCUGAAUGAUAUGACAAAUUGUACAGUUCAUGUAAAAGGAGCCAUGGAUUUUACAGCUUGGAGGGAAAGGACAGACGUUUGAUAUAAAACUCGUAUUGAUCAUCAAAUUUUAACAUUGCUCAUAUACUAAAUAAUAUUGUUCCUGAUGGCAUUAGGAAUCGCACGCUUCAUUGAUAUUAAAUGACAUUCCAUUUAUUAUUCGUAUAUCAAUUUGCAAAACUCAUUAUUACAAAAAAAGCUACAGUUAUUAUUAUUCGACAAAAUUUGGAACAUUAUCCAUCUUAGUUAAUUGUUUAUAACAAUUUAUUGGAAGUUUGCAUUUCUAGCUUAAUUACAAAUCUGAUUAAAAGGAUUUUAUUAAGUUUUUCUAAAUAUGAAUAUCAGUAGCGGUUAAAUGUUAAAAAAAACAAAGCUCGUAAUAUUAUAAUCGAUUCAUUGUUGAAAGCGAUUUAAUUAUAAUACGUUGACAGUUUAAUACCUCAUGUAACGAAAGAAGAACUGUUCAUAAUGAUCUCCAUCUCAUUUCUAAUAUCUACGAUUGUUAAUGCACAUUUUGUUGUACUACUCGUUAUAAUUUUAUUGCAAACUGUCAUAUUGUUGUUGCACUUUCGAGUUACCUAAUGUAAGCUUUUAAGAUUAUAAAUAUACCUUUUGAUACGUC